UAAUGUUAUCAUAGCAAAAAAAUAUUAUUCUGAAAAUUUUAUUACAAAAAUAAAUUAAUUCACCAUAAUGGAAACGUCUUCUAUUUCAACAUACAAAAAUUAUUUCUAAAAAACAAAAAAAGAUUUUUUUUAUUUUAAAAAAGAGGUGUUUUUUUUUAGAAAAAAAUAUGAUCUAUUUCAAAAUAAAAAAUUAAUACCUUGAAUUGAAAUUGAAUCAUAAUGCAAAACAUGUGACAAGACCACUAACAAAAUUCCAAAUACUGUAGCACAUGGUGGAAUCUUUGCCUCUUCAAAUAGUUAUAUACGUAGUUUUAGCACCUAUUGAAAUUCCUCUAAAGUGCCUCAUGAAAUAGGAUGUCAGAAGCGGAAGACGUUGGUCCACGUUGGGAUAAAUGUAUUGCACAUGCGAUCAAAAGUAUCACAAUCGGCACGGCCCUGGGCCUUGUAGCUUCAACGUUAAUUUUCAAAAGGAAAAGAUGGGCUUUUUUACUUGGAGUGGGUUACGGAAUGGGUGUCGCGUUGUCCGGAUGUGAAUAUGAAGUGAAUCAGAGGGAUCCAAUUCCUUAUUGUGAAGACGAAAGUAAAAAACCAAAAGGAAAGUAAACUCAAGUGUACGGUAAAGUUUGCAGUCCGCUAGCUAACAUGAGUAUGGGAUUGCUAACACUUUUAAAUAUAUAUCGUUAAAUAUGU